UGGUACGUGAAGCGAACACUGGAUCACAAGAGCCUGUCGUAAGACGUAUUCCCCACAGUCGAGCAAAUGUCAGCAAAGUCAGAUUUUGCAAAAGCGAAACACCCCUAAAGUGCUAUCCGACAGAUUUCAGAUUCUUUGUAAGCGAGUACUCUUUCAACGUAUGUUCGAUGCAAUUUGAGACUGCUAUCCAGGAUUGUUGCAGUUUUUACGUCAUGCAUUUUGUCGGCUUAUCAUAGUACCGCGGACUUUAGCGAAAGAGCGAAGCGAGUUGAUUGUUUUGAUAAUUAAGUCCGCCGCAUGACAUCAGUUGACAUAAAAUCCAAACACGUAUAAGUAAAACUCACAAGAAUACCAUUCUUGCUUUAGAAAUCCAAUACGCCUUGCAAGGAAUUCCACUGGGCGAUAUCUUCCAUUCCUCGACAUUAUUCAACAAUCCACAAUCCACAAUGUCCCACCCACACCAGCUCAAAUCUCUCAGCCCGCGCGAAGCCAUCACCGAUACACUUUACCGUGUCCUCCUUGCCUUCGAUGAAAACGAUAUCCCACUCUUCGAUUCCGCCUUUGCAAGCGAGGACGUAUCUUUUGUCAUGAAUGGGAAUACCACCCAAGGCCUUGAGACAAUCCGGUCGACGCUUCUUGCUCACAUGGGACCCAUGGACACUACACAUAUGAUUUCAAGCAUCCGUGUUGAUCUUGAAGAUGGUUCUGACACAGCGACCUUGACAGCAAAUGCUAUGAAUCAGCAUGCUCCUUCGGGAAGAGGAGAUGAAACAGAUGGUUCAAAGUUCUUAGCUGGUACAAGAUACUGGAUCUAUUUCAUUAAUGUGAAGGGGGAUUGGAAGAUCAAGAAGUGGACGAUGAAUAUUGUUUGGUCACAGGGAGAUCCAUCGAUCAUGCGCCCCUGAAACUUGCUCAACGCUGGUUGGCCUUGAAUAGUUACUAAACAUGGAAAAAGCGAUUUGAUAGACUCUUAUGUUCAUAUAUUGCUCUCG